UUUACCUAAUAACCUUUACUAUUUUAAUCAUUAUGUGGAAGAAUAUAUUAUACUUAUUUGCGUAUUAUAAAUAAUGAUUAUUAAUUGAUUGUUAAUCAACGCAAGAAACGAUUAUUUAAAUCAGACAAAAUAUUCUCAUGAAAUUGAAAUUUAAUUUUAAAAAAUGUCACUUCGUGAACUUGGUAAAACUGGUGUAAAAAUCCCCUCAAUCGGUUUAGGAUGCAUGGGGAUGAGUGCUUAUUAUGGUUCAUUUGAUGAACAAGAAAAUAUUAAGUUGUUAAAUCGAUCAAUUGAAUUAGGUUGCACUUUUUGGGAUACUGCUGAUAUUUAUGGACUUGGAGACAAUGAAAUUCUCCUUUCAAAAGUUCUCAAAGAACGUCGUAAUGAAGUAUUUCUUUGUACGAAAUUUGGUAUCGUUCGAGGACCAAAUGGUGAAUUUAAAGGCAUAUCAGGUACACCUGAAUACAUUCGUCAAGCUUGUGAAAGCUCUUUAAAAAGAUUGGGAGUAGAUUGUAUCGAUCUUUAUUAUCAACAUCGUGUGGAUCCUAAUACACCCAUUGAAGUUACCGUUGGUACCUUAGCAGAACUUGUUAAAGAAGGAAAAAUUAAGUAUAUUGGUCUUUCUGAAUGUUCUGCAGCAACUCUUCGACGUGCUUAUAAAGUUCAUCCUAUUGCUGCAGUUCAAAUGGAAUAUAGUCCUUGGACUCUUGAUAUUGAAACUAAUGGAAUUAUGGAAGCUUGUCGCGAAUUAGGAAUUACUAUAGUAGCAUAUAGUCCACUAGGACGGGGAUUCCUAACGGGAAAAUAUAAAUCUAUUGAUGAUUUUGAACCGGACGAUUUUAGGAGAACAGUUCCACGUUUUCAAGGUGAAAAUUUCGAUAAAAAUCUAGAACUUGUACGUAAAUUUGAUGAAUUUGCAAGUAAGAAAGGUGUAACUUCAAGUCAACUAUGUUUAGCUUGGGUUUUAGCUCAGGGAGAUAAUAUUGUUGCUAUUCCUGGUACAAAAAAAAUCAAGUACUUGGAAGAAAAUUUUGAAGCAGUAAAAAUUCAUCUUAGUUCUGAAGAGUUAUCUGAAAUUAGACAAAUUAUUAAUUCUAUUGAAAUUACUGGCGCCAGAUAUGACGAAAAUUUUAUGCAGAUGUUGAACGUAUAAACCUUUUUAUUUAUUGAUUGUGAUAAAUUAAAUAUUCCCUGCUCCCAAUCUAAAUAAUAGAUCGUUUUUUCAAAAAAAAAAAAUAUUGUCUGUUUUGAUCAAUUAUAGUGACCAAAGUAAUAAAUUUUCAAAGGAUUUAUUUUUAAUAAACUUUAUACCUUAAGUCCAUAGAAAGAAUUUAAUACCUGUGAAAUCAUUAAUUAAAUUGAUAUAUUAAAAAUUCAAAAAUUGUAGUUAG